AUGGAGUCGAGUCUGAUUCGACUUUUCGGGGCUCGUCUCGGGAUUGCCGACGCGGCUGUGCUCAGGAAAGCGGAGGAGUUUUUGCGACUGUCAGAGAUCAAGUGUGCUGGCCUGUUAGCACAUAUCACCGAAACUAACAAUGCAAUCAUGUGCCUGGACCUUGCAGCUUCCUAUAUGAAGUUCCCCUUGGACAGGGCUUAUUUAAUUAAACUCUCUGGUUUGAACAAGAAGAUAUAUCAAAAUUAUCUGCAAUCUUUUGAGUGUUUACUGGGCCUGAACUCAAAUGUUGGAAUAAGAGACUUAGCAGUACAGUUUAGCUGUACAGAAGCGGUAAAUGUGGCUUCAAAGAUUCUGCAGAGCUAUGAAUCCAGUCUUCCACAGGCACAGCAAGAAGAUCUUGACUUAUCCAGGCCUCUCUUUGUCACUGCUGCACUACUUUCAGCAUGCAAGAUUCUAAAGCUAAAAGUGGAUAAAAAUAAGAUGGUGUCCAUAUCCGGUGUUAAAAAAGCCAUAGUUGAUCGACUGUGUAAGCAAUUAGAGAAGAUUGGGCAACAAAUUGACACAGACCCUGGAGAGGCACCUUCUCCACCCCAAAAGAAGAAGAAGAAAAUGGUCAAACCUCCAGAAAAUGAAAUUAAGAAGGUAGUGGAGCUUCUACACAAUUCACAAAAAGAUGAAGAUGUGACACCGGAUUAUGAAGAGUGGAAAAGGAAGAUUUUGGAAAAUGCUGCCAAAGCAAAAAAGACUACAAUGGAAUGA